CCCGCCCCUCCCGCCGUGGCGCCAUCUUCCCCGGCCGCGGGAGGGGUCACGGGUCAGUGCGGGAGCGCCGCUGUGAGUGGAGGGGGCCGCGGUGAUGGGACCGGGCGUGGCCUUCCCGUCCCGAGUGCCUUUCUUUUCCUCGGGGCCGCGCAGGGGUCUCCGAGAAGACAAUGGAUUCUGGAACCCGCCCAGUGGGCAGCUGCUGUAGCAGCCCCCCGGGCUUCUCUCGGGAAUACAAACUGGUGAUGCUGGGCGCUGGCGGCGUAGGGAAGAGUGCUAUGACCAUGCAGUUCAUCAGCCAUCGGUUCCCGGAGGACCAUGACCCCACCAUCGAAGAUGCUUAUAAAAUCCGGAUCCGUAUUGAUGAUGAGCCCGCCAACCUGGACAUUUUAGAUACGGCUGGACAGGCAGAGUUUACAGCUAUGCGGGAUCAGUACAUGAGGGCAGGAGAAGGGUUUAUCAUCUGUUACUCCAUCACUGACCGUCGAAGUUUCCAUGAAGUUCGGGAGUUUAAGCAGCUCAUUUAUCGCGUUCGCCGUACAGAUGACACACCUGUGGUUCUUGUGGGAAACAAGUCUGAUCUAAAGCUGCUGAGACAGGUCACCAAGGAGGAAGGGCUGGCUCUGGCCCGAGAAUUCAGCUGUCCAUUCUUUGAGACGUCUGCUGCGUACCGCUAUUACAUUGACGACGUGUUUCAUGCCCUGGUCCGCGAGAUACGCAGGAAAGAAAAGGAGGCAGUACUGGCCAUGGAGAAAAAAUCGAAACCCAAAAGCAGUGUAUGGAAGAGGCUGAAGUCACCAUUCCGGAAGAAGAAAGAUUCCGUCACCUGAGGUGGCGAGGCGUCACCUGUGAACUGCAGUGCUUGGUCAGAGGGGUCCAGCACGUGCUUUCGUGAGCCGGGUCCUUGCUCUUUCUCCCGUUACGACUGUUGUUUUUAAAGUAACUGAUGAAGGGGCCAUGCCUCCUAGGAGUUUUCAUGAUGUGGUAUUUCAAAUAUUGUCUCUUAGCUAAUUCUGAUUUAUUAACCCAGUGGAGCACUGUCUGCUUUUGAAUUGUCACAUUAGAAUUUGGUCUACCCACGUGUCGGGUUCUGUUGCUGAUGGUAAUGAAUGAAUUAAUGUACGUUGUCGGUCCCCAGGGGGCCGCGUGCACCGUGCAUGUCUGACUGCGCUCUCCAGAGGAAUGCAUGGCCCCGCCGCCCCCUUCGACUUCGGUUUCCUGGGACUGUCCCCGAGAAGGACCUCCGUCUUCUGCACACUGUGCCUCCUGGAGACAUAACAAAAUCCACACAGAGAAACUGGUGCCAAAGAGAGUGGUGCUGACGCCCAGCAGCUAGCUGUGGGACUGAGUCCUGUACAGACAGUGGAGUGACGAGAUUGGGGGGAUCGGGCCGGAGUUUACAGGAGCUGGGCUAGAAAGAGGGCAGGGUCAGGACGGCGUUCCCAGCACCACCGGGCUUCUGUAAGAAACGUGCUGGGAUCGGUGACAACAAACAGGAGCGUAUGACUUGCAGUGAAGGCUCCUCGUAGGAUGUUAUUUUGCUCCUUUCAGGGUUUGGCCUUCCUUUGCCUUCAGAGGCUAACGCUGUGGGAACCAUUUCUGGAUUGCUAACCUUGCUUCAUCUAAAUCCCUGCUUGGGACAGCCAUCGCCUGGACAGGCUUGUUUUCCCCGAGGUGCACCUAGCAAUGCACUUACAUUCAUAGCUUCUAGUGCUUUCCCUUAGCCUCCCUGCGCUCUCCAGGAGAGCUGGGCCUGGCCAUCUGCUUUAGGCCCUUCAUCAGACUGACGGCGUUUUCCAGGCAGAAGAGACAUCAGGAGUCUGAGUAAAAUUGUGUUGCUGGCACAAGCCUCAGUGCUCUAAGAAAGCCUGUGGUAUUUCUGUUUAAUGAGCCCGUCCUGAAGCUUUAAAACCCCCAUGCGGCGAGUUCCUCAUUGAAGAUUUCUUGACGAGGACCCAGCUGAGUUCACCCCAGGGUUGUCUGAAGCUUGACAGAGCUCAGCCUGAGAGAAUAGCACUUCCACAGCCUGUGCAGAGCUGACAGACGUCGUCCGAGAAGAAACAGCUUUAGUGUUGGUGGUGAGUUCUCUAGAAUCAGGAUGAUUUUGAUACCUGAGUACUGUGUGGAGGUUAAGUGCAAAAGUGCUCAGAGCAGUGUCACAUAUGCCGAACAUUCCAUGUCACUGAGUGGUGCUUGUAUCCACUUUCGACCCUGAGAACUGUGUGAUGCCUCUUAGAAAGCACACAGCUCAGCUUACUGUUUUCUGUUUUUAUUACGGGCAGGACAGGGUCGUUGGGUUCUUCUAGUCAAUGGCAGAUGUUGCAGGUUUAAAGAAAAGUGCUGGCUGUGACUUUUUUAGCUGACUGGUGGUUUCUUUUAAAACUCCUGGAAAUGUUUUUGCUACAAAUGAGUCAUGUUUUACGGUACUCAAGCCAUCCAAAAAUGAAAGACCUGGCAUUUGAAAACGUGCAGGACAGAAAUCUUACUGAACUGUAGCACUUUGGAGAAGCAUGAAGACAGAAAAGAAAUACAGCGCAAUUCUGGAUUUCACCAUGUUUAAACCAGCUUUAAGCCUUCGAAGUGUAAUGCCUUAGCUCUCAUUACUGAUGGCCUUGUUACGAUGUGUUACUAUCAUCAGCAAGAACUUGACAGCUGUAUAAUUAUUCGAGAUAGUCCAGGUAGCAGAGAGCAUUGUCAGAAGGGAAAGUCUGUUAGACCGGAGAGAAUUUGUAUUGUACAGAAGAACAAUAACAAAUCAGUGUUUUUAAGACUAUCCCUGUCAUCUGUUUGAUUGUUGGAUUCAUUAGCCCAUCAGUUGGGAUUGAGACUUCUCUUCGUGGUGCUAAAUAGUCUGACGCAUACGAUGUGUGUGAGUCAGAGUUCUCUUCUUAGUGACCAUGCAGUGUACGUAAUAAGCUCUAAAUAGUCAGCUUUAUCCACUUUGAGGGCAUUACAGUCAAUUACUGCCUGGAACUUGGAGGAGAAAAAUUCAGGGAAAAGUUGAAAAGCACGGGAACUAUUCACGUCCAGGGCAGAUGGGUUACAAAUUUAGAAGCUAGUGUCUAGAAUCAGCUGUUUGGGAUUCAGAAAUGGACCUGUGUUUUACCUUCUUGAUAUGUUAGCAGUUACUGGUCUACUGGGGUGUGUGCGGAGGACAUGUUUCCACUGACGCCCUUGUGUAUGAAGACACUUUGUAUGACGCAAUACAAAACUCCUAAACCA